UCAAUUCAAUGUCAUCACUUCGAAAGAAACUGCUUGAUGAAGAAAGCCUAGUUCAAUCUAAGCCAAAGACACUCCAAAAGAAACCAGGAUGGAAGGCAAUGCCAUACAUUUUAGGGAAUGAAACUGUUGAAAAGUUGGCAAAAUUAGGAAUACAAACAAAUUUCAUGGUGUACUUGAUGACAGUGUAUAACAUGGAUCAUGUGUAUGCUGCAAAUAUUUUAAACACUUGGUCUGCUAUCUCUAAUGGUUUGCCAGUUAUUGGUGCAUUCAUUGCAGAUGCUUAUCUGGGAAAAUUUGUCACAAUUGCCAUAGCAUCCUUUGCUAAUCUUGCGCUAACCGCUAAAGUAGAAAAUCUAUGUGAACUGUUUAAGUUGGUUUGA